GCUCGGGACGGAACCAGCCUGGUCGCUGCUGUAUGGUGGCAGUUUCCCAGCGCUCCCUACGACCCCGGAGCGUCGAGGCGCUUCCGUCCGAAGGGGCAGGUGUGACUCCGAUAGCGGGGCGGCGAGCCCACGGUAAAGGCGGCCUCUUCUUCUCAGGCGCCGCGGCCCGCCCGCUCUUCUCGAAGGGGAGGCGGUUGCUUGCGCGAGGUCAGCCCUAGGGAGGGAAGAUGGAGGGAGGAGCGCCGGGGAGCCCUUAGGGAAGGGCAGGGGUUGAGGAGAAAGCUGUGGAGGGGCCGGGGGCGGCCAGCGCCGCGCCGCCGUACGCGUCGUGGGCCCUGAGAAGAGCAAGAAGCGGCCCCUCGGAGAGAGACAGGAGGGCUAGGGACGGGCUGGCGUGGCGGCCCUGGGGCGGCCUUGGCUGGAGAGGCGAGGGCCGAGGCAGCCGCGGGCUGGCUGUUGCAGGGCCUGGAGCCUGUGGGGGUCUGGAGGUGGGUGCCUGCGGGCUCCGUCCUCAGCAGGCUUGCUUUGCUCCUGGGGAGGCACGUCGUUGGCCCGAACACUGAGCCCGCUUCCUCUUUUCAUAUGUAUAUUAUUAGCAAAAUAUUAUGGAUAAGAACUUUCAGGAAGAGAAGUUUACAGGAAUUACUAAAUUUACACCUCCUUUAUACGAACAACGCUACCAGUUUGUUAAAGAUUUAGUGGGGAAAUACAAACCUAAGAAGGUGGCAGAUUUAGGAUGUGCUGACUGCAGGCUGCUUUGUAUGCUGAAAUUCUGCAGUUGCAUUGAAGUGUUAGCUGGGAUAGAUAUCUGUGCAAGUGUAAUGAAACAGAAAAUGCAUAGGUUGUCUCCUCUUCCUGUUGAUUAUUUGCAACCAGCUGAAAGAUCCCUAACUGUUACCUUGCAUCAUGGUUCAGUUGCCCAGAAAGAUCCUUGCAUGCUUGGUUUUGACUUGGUUACGUGUAUUGAACUAAUAGAGCACCUGGAAGAAUGGGAACUGAAGAAGUUUCCUGAAGUGGUGUUUGGUUUCAUGGCUCCAAGCAGGGUUGUAAUCAGUACUCCAAAUUCUGAAUUCAACCCUUUGCUUCGAGGAGUGAGGUUAUUCAGGAAUCCAGACCACAAAUUUGAAUGGACCCGAUUGCAGUUUCAAAGCUGGGCUCUAGAGACUGCUAGACGCUAUGGUUACUCAGUGGAAUUUACUGGUGUGGGGCAUCCACCAAGAGGAAUGGAGAAUGUUGGGUUUUGUACCCAAAUAGGUGUGUUUGUUAAAAAAUAUCCUCUAACCAGUGCAUCCGCUCAGUCUGAGAAACCUGCUGAAGCAGUUUACAAAACAGUCUUCAAAGCAGUGUAUCCAAGUCUUAAAGAUGAGAAGUACCUGCGGAAUGCAGUGGUUAGAGAAGUUACUUUCACAGCACAAAUCAUUAAGCAAAGUCUGCUGAACCAUUUAAUGUCAGAACACAAGGAGUAUAAUGAUGAUCCUACUGAGAGAAAAUCCAAAUUCCAACCUGCAGUGAACUGCUUUUCAGAAGAUCUUGGAAAACUGGUUGUUGAAAAAAGCAUGGAAUCAUUUGUCAAUGGAAAUGUGGUUUAUAUACCUCUUGCAACAAUCUUUUCUUUUCCCAGAGUGAAUCGACUUUGUGGUACCUUUGAGAAGUUACGCAAGCUUGUUGCUGGACAGGUCACACUGAGCAGUGAUGGCUCUGCUGUGGUGUUCAGUACUGACCAGGAAGAUAAUUAGAUCACAAAUUUCUCAUAUGAGGUUGUUAAAAUAAUGAAGAAUUUUUUGAAGUACCUGUGAAAUGGUGUGUUUUGUAUGCGAACUAGAACCACAAUCUUUUCUACACCUUCCAGUAUUGAUCCAUCAGUACCUCUUUCAUUUAGUGAAGAUGAGUGCUUCUGGCAAAGAUCACAGCAACUCAUAGGGUUUUUAAGUAGAGUAUCGGGGCUAAAGUGAAAGAAUUAAUUCCUGUGAAGAAAAAAAAUUAAGUAUUUCUCUUUGUUUUCUAUUACCAUAUUGAGCUGUCAUGACUAGAUUCUUUUUGGUAAUCUUUUGUUAGCUCCAAGGAUAGUUGAUAACACAGAAUUAUGUUGUUGUGCUAAGUAAUGAGUUGUACACUGGUUUAGGGCAAGCUUUUUCCUAAAAGGAUAGAAUUUUUAGAUGCCUUUUUCAAGAUGAGCACUUACUCAGCCUUUGUGAAAACCAAAUAUUGUUCUGGUAAAUUGGAAUAUGCUGCAAACAUUUCUAGUUCAGUAAAUUCAAUACUUGGGAAGAGCGCCAUGAUGUUGGAUGUAAGGUAGGAAUAAAAGGUAGAUUUAGCACUAUUGUUUUGUCCAGUUUCUUGGUAACUGCUCCUUGGGAAAUAAUUUGCAUCAUGUAACUUUCCAGAAGCUGAAUUUAAUUGAUUUGAAACCAGUAUCUUUGAGUUAAAAACAAAAAAAUCCCCCCAAAACCAAAACAAAACAAAAAAAAAGAACCAAAGAAAAACCACCCCAACCCCCCCUCCCCCCAAACAAACAAACACCAAAAAAAAAAAAGCAAACACCGAAAAAGAAAAAAACCCAAACAAAACCAAAACCCUCUGUCACUGAAUACUAAAUGCUAACUUGGCCCCUUUGCACUUGGGGAAAAAAAUUCUCUGUAUUUCCUCGUGCAGCUGUUGUCCAAAAAGUCUUAGCACAUUCAGCAGACAUGAACAGCAGAGAUGUUAGAAAUAGUAGAGCUUACUGGCUCGGCUAAGAUGACUUUUUCUAAAGUAGAGCUGAAUUGCUUGUGUAAUGUGCAGCGAGCAAAUGUUAGAUGAUGGACUUGGGAAGACAGAAGUUUUGAAGGAUGCACAAGAUGGGCUUUUUCGUACAGGAAGCAAAGCGCUGCACUUAAGUUUCUUUGCAUACCCAAAUUUUUUCACUAAUAACUUUAAUAUCUCUGAGUAUUUCUUAUGAGUGAAGAGAUGAUUAAUUAAAAGGCCUAAUUUUGUGCAUGUUUCACAAUGUCAUUGGCAGCUUUGAAUGAGCUAGUAUUAUCAGAACUGAUUUUAUGUUUGUGAAACAUGAAAGUUUCAUAACUUUGUGAAAAAAAAAAAUUCUGUGUAAGGGCUGACUGUUUCUUAAACAAGAUCAUUGUGUUCUACCUUCUCAGUUUUUGGAUUUCCUUGACAUGAUUAGGGUGAAAGAUUAGACAUAAAGGGAAAAGGCAGCUGUAAUUCUCUGAAUUGAGAAAUGGUACAGAAUCUAUAACAGGUUGAGAAUCAGGGAAAGAAAAAAUGAUCUGCAGUGCUCUGUCAUAUUAAGUAACUAAAAAAUGCUUACUUAGUAAGCUUUCUCUUUUGUGGAAGAUUUCUUUCCUACAACAAAUAGACACUGGUUAUGAAAAAAAAUAACAUGAUUUAGAAUUCAUUGUAAGAAUUCAAUCUUUAAUACAAUAUUUAGAAUGGUUUAGCUUUUUUUUUUACAUCGUGAUAUGAACUUGCCAUAGUUGGUAUGUUAAAAUAUAUGUAAAAUUCAAAAUUGGUAAAUAGUCUUAGGCACUAAUAAGCGUAGCUGUUUGAGAGUAGUUUUGAUUUAAGAGAAAAUCUCUACAGUUCACUUAAUGGUUUAUUACAGUUAGAAGAUUUUUGUACAACAUAACUUCUUCCUGUGUAAUUUCUUGAAACAUUCUAUCUUUAGUGUACUUUAUAGCAUGAUCACUUCAGAAUAAGGAAAAGAGAUCCUUCUCUUCCAUCAGAUUUGGAAUGAUAUUUGCUUUGAAUUUUAUAUUCAGGUAAUAUCUAAAUACAGGACUGUGUUGUGAACAGAGAAAACUGUAUAUAAAUACCUGCUUGGUUUUCCACAAAACAUUGUACCCUCUUUGUAGCUACACUUGGAAAAUGGUUUCUGUGAAUAUUUGAUGGACUGAUGUGAAGGGGCCUAAACAGUAAUCCAGUUUUUAAGGGGUUCAUGGGUCCUCUUCCCCUUGUUUGUUUAGUUUUUAGUGAUAGCUAUGGCAAAUGCCAAUGCUUAACAUUCUUGCUUAUGCCUUUCUUUGGGAAAAUUUGAAGUCAAACUACAGAUGUUUGGCCUGAUGUGUUUUCAGUGUUUGGUAGUAUACCUAUGCAUACUGAAGCUGAAGAAGCUAUUAAAUAGCAUAUACAAAAGCAUUAUUUAGAAUAUAAACAUUUAAAUUGAGACUGCUGAAUUUUACUGAAAUAAGCUGUUUUGUGUGUUAGCUUACCAGGUUUCCCCUGGCUUAAAUCAGUGUUAAAUAAGAUUUUGGUUAGAUGACUGAACAGUCUUUUCAGGAGCAAUUAAAUGCUUUCACAGGA